AUGGGUGUGGCGGAGGAUAGGAUCAGUGAGUUGUACGACCCACUGAUUCACCAUAUUUUCUCAUUCCUUCCAAUUAAAUGUGUAAUUGCUACAAGUGUUUUAUCUAAAAGAUGGAAGGAUUUAUGGAUCUCUGCUCCUGUUAUUAAUAUUUGCAAAUGGAGUCAGAAAGUUAAAACUGAAGAUGAGAAGAGAAUGCUCGAGGAUGUUCGAUGUGAAGAGACUGAUGGACUGGGUAAUUCUCUGGAUAGAAUGCUGCUUUUUCCUACUUCUGCAGUUCCUAAUGAUAUUUUGCCUACUAUUAAGAAAUUUUAUCUCAAGUUUCGUGCUUUUGAUGAACAUGAGAAUAAUAGGUUCUUCAAUAAUGAUAGAAUUUGUGGAUGGAUUUCUACUCUAAUAAUGCGCAAAGUGGAAGAACUUAGUCUCUGUUUAACAAAAAACUUCCUGUUACCGCCAUGUUUGUUUACUAGUGAAACCUUGACCAUGUUGGAGAUAGAGAUGGCUGGGGAUCUUUCGACGAAAAUUAAAAAGACAGGGACUCUUGGUUUUCCUCGAGCAAUUUCUUUUCCAAGGCUUAAGAUUCUUCACCUUAAGCAUAUGGUAUUUGUGGAUGAGAGCUUGAAUGCGCAACUAUUUUCGAGUUGCCCUGUCCUUGAAGAAUUGUUGUUAUCUCAUUGUUACAUGAUGAAAAAGAAGGUUUUGCAGAUUUCAGUUGCUUCUUUGAUGCGGUUAUUCAUUACCAACUCCGAGAAAUUUAGUUUUAAGAUCAAGAUAUAUUCACCGAAUCUGCAGUCUUUGACAUACAUUGGCAUACCAAGGGAUUAUGUUCUGAUGGAUCAUAGCUUUUCAUCCCUAGUCGAUGCAGAUAUUAACAUUGCUGUUCAAUUUCUAAGUUUAAGAUCAAAAGGAAGACAGGCAUACCAAUGUGGUCUAAAAAACCUUCUAGGAGGGAUAUCAAAUGCAAAGCUUCUAAAAAUUUCUGACAGCACCCUUGAGGUACUGACAUAUGUUGUUGUAUACCUGCUUGCUAGUCUCUCUUAUGUGAAGGUUUCUUCACUUCACGAUCGCCUACCUUUCACAAUUUUACGUUUCACAACUUGA